ACUACUCCCUCAACAAGAGAGAGAGAGAGUUUUAAAGGCGGGAGUGCAGCGAAGCCGAAGGGAUUCGAGAAUCUAUAGAGAUCGAGAAAGAGAAUGUCUGCUGGAAUAGCUCGUGGUCGUCUUGCUGAAGAACGUAAAGCAUGGAGAAAGAAUCAUCCCCAUGGUUUUGUUGCUAAACCUGAAACUGCUGCAGAUGGUUCUGUUAAUUUAAUGGUGUGGCAGUGCACUAUCCCUGGUAAAGCCGGUACUGAUUGGGAAGGUGGUUAUUUUCCACUUGCACUUCACUUCAGCGAAGAUUAUCCUAGCAAACCUCCCAAGUGCAAAUUCCCUCCAAACUUUUUUCACCCUAACGUCUAUCCUUCAGGAACUGUGUGCCUGUCUAUUCUCAACGAGGACAGUGGUUGGAGACCAGCCAUUACAGUGAAGCAAAUUCUUGUGGGCAUACAAGAUUUGCUGGACCAACCCAACGCUGCUGAUCCUGCUCAAACAGAUGGAUACCAUCUUUUCAUCCAGGAGCCGGUGGAGUACAAGAAAAGGGUAAAGCAACAGGCCAAGCUAUAUCCUCAGAUAGUCUGAAAUGAUGUCCUUUGCUUCAGAUCUUUGAAACAACCCGGCGUACCCAUGCGUAUGUAUAGACAUCUCGGAAGUUCUAUUUAGGUCGUUAAUAGUUAUUGAUAGUGGACAGGACAACAAUUUGACACUGGAACAAAUCAAAACUAUAUAGCUAAUGUUCCUCGAAUUCCAUGUUUCUAGUCGUUGCUUAGAAAUACUGGUCUUUUAGGUUGUUCAUUUUUCUUAAAAAGAUUGUGUGUUUUGCUUAUGCCACAGGUGGUUUGACUCUUGAUUGUUAUGUCUAUGGCUCUCUAUCUUGCCCUCUUGUAUGAUGUUUUAAUGUCUUAAUACCAUUACCUAGUGUAAGCGGCUCUCCAAUUGCUUAUUGGAGUUUAUGACAUGCCA